UCAACCUGUUCGACCGCGGCGGGGGAGGGUUUGAGUGAUUGUCUGUUUGACGCGUCGCGUGCAAUGAUGUAUCGGUGCGCCGGGUUCCGUGAAGGACACGCACGCAUGUCCUGGCGCGUACCACGUGGCAGUACUUGCUGGUGACAUUUGCCUCCCCCCCCUGUGAACCUUGUCGCUUUAUCGAGUGAACCUAACCGCUGGCCAAAGGGCCAGGGUUGAGCAACUUGCGCUGGGAGAAGAUUUUUCGUGUGAUGGUUUAGAGAUUAGUACUAGUGAGGAAGUAACCGUUUAAAGCAAGAGAAACUAAUGCGAGCAAAGGAGCGUUACAUUAAGGCGUGAAAGCUUCUCGUUAUGAUACGGAAAUGAGGAAGCUAACAAUCACUUGCAAGAGACUCUAUUGAGAUGCAGUUUGGAAAGCACUUUGGAGCGAUUAAUGGAGGAACAUUUUAGUGCGGUAGACUGUUUGCAGCUUAAGAUAAGCAAAGCUGCGCCCGGCUAGCAGGAGCAACCAACCAAGAAUUCCAAUGUCCCUAGUGGAAAGUGCGGUUAACGAUCAAUUCUUUCCUAUUGAUGUUGCUGCACCCUGUCGUUUGCGUUCAUCUUCCCCUGCCCGCAUUUAAUCCUCAUUAUCUGUCAACACGGUUUCCCCAUGCGAAAGGUAUCGGUUACAGUCGUAGGCGCUCGGUAGCAACUUUCCACCCCUGUUACAAUUUAUGUAGCCCCCAACUGGAUGGGGCAGGAGGCGCGAACGAAGCAGACAGCUGCGCUAAUGCAACGCCUUUUCGUUGCGUGUUGUCACAUGAAUCGCGCUCGUCCGUAUUUGAUUUCAGUUUUACCAAUUAGGUUGGUUUGUUUUGGAAAGGAUUUGGUUUGCCUGUCUUCCACCUCGCGCUGCUGAACAAAAAAAAAAAAAAAAAAAAACAAAAAAAGGAAACCCAUCGUCGAAUUGGAGACGCUUUAUGACACUGUCCAUCUAAUUGGUUCAGUUUAUUGCUGCUGGAAAAAAACAUACAUUGGGGGGAAAAAACAGGGACACUCGGGACAAAAAACACAGCGACCGAUAUCCAAUAUACGAUGCGUUACGCCGCUAAUAGAAUCAUAAAAGCGAAUUAGUCUGAUGUUUUGAUGCGUUGCGUACGCUCGGGCCACAAAACGGAGCCUCCGGAGCAGAGGACGAACAGCCGCCGCCCACCUGGGGAGGUUCGGAGUGUUUUUCGCAACAAAAAUAAUCCGACCAAUUCUUUUAUUUUUUCUCUCUAUCUCUCUCUCUCACCGGCGUGUCCACGGGAGAUAAACCGCGCGCGCAGAGGACGAUGUGGCGCUGGCACCGCCGCCGUUUACGAGCGGGCAUUAUCGGGUUAAAGGCUGUUAAAAUGCUGUUUCCCGCACCACAACAUCGGUGCGACGGCGAUGGCCACGGGCGAGCGAGAGGAUUAAUCUGCUCCGCAAACGUUCUUGCAGAAGCUAAUCAAAUCGAUUAGGAAUAGUUUCGCUUGUGGUCAAUCUGCCCGUAAGUGCCAUUUUUAUUGGGAAGCUGGGAAUGGGAACGUUGAAGGAUGAACUUCUACCCGCCUCCACACAACUGCAAGCCAAAGAUAGUGCGAUGAAUUGCGUCCAAAUGCUUGAAGUGUUCUAAAUUCUUCAAGUUCCCACAGCAAAUAAAAAAAAAAAAACACCUUGAAACUACUGGUUUGACCACACAGGCCGAGCGGUGCCCAUCGGGUCCAGUGUUCGGGUCAAGCGUUCGGGUCUCGCAGGGCCACCGAAACAAGCUGACCGAUGUCCCCGGUUCGUUGUGGUCAACGCCGUUGCUAUGGUGGCCUGGGUGUGCUCGCUAUCGUCACAGUCCUGUCCUGUUCCCGCCACCGACCGGCUUACGGAAAGUGGAGCACACGGUAUGACCGAGCGGAGCGAACUUCCCGGGCGGGCUAUGGGGAAAAGGGAAAAAAAGGGAAGCGAAAGUGAUGGUGUGUCCCACAAAGCGAUUGCUUCUUUUUGCGACCGUUCGCGGCGCGGUGCGAGGUGCGCCCCAUCACCAUGCCUGGUGGACCGGUAUCGAACCGUGGCUGCAUGUGAAGGUAUCCGAAGCUGGCGAGUCCUUGCGCCGGCCGCCUCGCGUAAAGCGAACUAUAUGGUAAUGCCAACGGGGAGCAGGCGGCCGGUAGAUGGCGGCUAGUUUUGGGCGUUCGGCUGGUCGAGAUACAAAAACCAACUGACCGGUACCGUGCACCGCUUAGACGUGGUUCGGACGGCGUACCGAUUGGACGCAACCGUGCGCUGUGUGUGAGUUGGCUUGCGUUGGCGUCCAUUGUGUCGUGGAUUUGCGCGGCGCUGUUACGUGAGGCAAGGUGUUACGGCUCUGCUCGGCGGGUUGUGACGGCUUGUGAGUGGUGAGCGGUGGCCGCCCCGUGUGGACAUGCUCCACUUACGAAGAUGUUCUCGUGUGUGCCCAGUGAUCGGUCGAGCGUGCGGGACCCCGGCUAAGGUUGCGGGUGUGUCGUUGGAAUGUCGUUAAUUCAAUCAACACUAGCGCCAGUGCUGUCCACCGCGCAAGGUGCAUUCAAUUAACACGCGGCGCGAAGAUCUGUGCUGGUGCUGUGAAGGUGCUGUGAAGUGGUUGAUAAAGAGGGGGAAAAAAAACGGAAAACGUCCAGUAAGGGAGGAAUUCUGGUGAAUCACGUUACUAUUCGGUGGCAAGAUUUGGUCACAUCGCAAGUGGCUUGCUGUUUGGUCCCACCGUCACGUCAUCGGAACGGGCUACGAGCUCUACGACGGACAGACGCCUGGACGUCUUGUGCAAGUCGCUGGUCCUGCCUUCUCCUGGUGCUCAAAGGUGAAAGAACGUCAUCGGCUAACGAUCGCGUGAACCGUAUCAAAUCUUAAAUCAAGCAGUGUUCAACUCUCCACCGGUGAGGGGGGUCUUGGGUCGUCUCUACUCCCCACCCAUCACCAGUCCACUAUUACAUUCUUCCAAAAGCUUCGUCUUCUUCAACCCCAUUCGAACGAGCGCCCGCAAAGACUUUGGCUCGUGACUUUAAAAAGUAAGAAAACGGUGUGUUUUUAUUAGUAUUAUCUCAUUUAAAGUUUUGCAUCAGUACGUUUAGGUCCUUAAAGCAUACUUCCUUUACAAUCAUUUCAAUAGUUCGUUAUCGCAUCUUGAAAUGUUCCUUCGGACUUAAACGUCGUAAAAACUAGCUUAAUAGUGAUGGUGUUACGGUGGCGCCAUCUGUGUUGCGCGAAACGCUGACACGCGCUUGUCAACAAUCAAACUGUGUUUUGGCGUAUUCUGACUGCUGCUGCCCGCUUUCCUCAAUCAAACCUUUUAAGACAGCGUCAUCGUGGUGGCUUCAAUCAAAUCGAAAAGUUGGCAGAACGAAACACACAGCUAUGGAUUGUGCUUCUGCUGGCAAUGGCCGCAGGCGGUCGAACCCGCGGCCAUGCCCAUCGAAGCGAUCCGGCUAGAAGAACCAAUCCGUAAACCCUGUUAGCCCAGGCCAACACGCGACGAGCCCCGCGACAAGCAGCCAAAAGUAGUGAAACAAUAAAAUCAACCUAAAGGUUCGUCGCUAACCAUCGAUUGCAAUCGUUCAUUAUUUUUUUUUUCGACUAGUUUCACUUUGUCUGCUAGUGCCUGCUAAAAAUGGGUUGAAUGUUGGAGCAGGUUUGUGUGUGUGUGUGUUGAAACAAAAAAACAUGCGACUCCGUUCGCGGCCGUUCAUUCGUCUGUAAAACAAACAAAACACUGGGCAGCAAAGUGUACACAAAGUAAUGACUUGAGUGCGCGCGUGUGUGCAUGUGUGUUUAAGCGUACAAAUUAUCAACCAAAUCAUAAACACUUUUCGAUAGUGCAAGCGGCGUGAGUGUCCUUGUAAGUAGUUUGAAAACGUUAAGCAACUUGUUCGUAGAGUAGCGUGAACCGGGAAACGAGUGUGUGAAGAGAAGGAAGGGGAAAACAAACCAUGACGGAGCAGCGUCCGCAUCGAUUAGCCCGCUACGUGCACUGCCGCAGCAUCGUACCGAGCAGCAUAAACCAAAGCCACAUAAAGAUGACGCGCAACGGCGUGACGUGCGCGGGAGCGUACAGCAGUACCAGCGGCAGAAGGAAACGACCGGACCACACCAGCCCUAGGAUCCCGCUCACGCUAGCCCUGCUGGCGCUCGCGGCCUGCUGGCCGGAAGCGGCCGGACUCGACCCAAAGUUCGACCCGUCCACCCGGAUGGGGCUCGUGCUGGUGCCGGCCGACGCAACCGUCGGCUCCGUCAUCUACCGGUUGCGGGCCUCCGACGAAGAGUUCGAGUACCCGCUCCAGUUUGAGCUAGUCGGCGAUGCGUCGUCGUCGACGGUACAGAUCGAGACGCUGCCCUGCACCAAGUUCAACUCCAUCUGCCAGGCCAAUGUGAUUCUGACGCGGCGGCUCGAACCGGGCCGCUACUACGACUUCCAGGUGUCGGUGAAGGACACCAAGGGCGGCAUGUCGGUGCAGAGCUGCUCGAUCACUGCCACCAACUUUACCACGCCGCACGACGUCAUCUUUCCGCACAAGGCGGGCAUCAUCAUGGUGCCGGAGGAUGCUAAAAAAGGAACCGAGCUGGACUACGUUCUGGCGAACAAAAAUCCAUUGUUCCAGAAGCCUGUGUAUCUAGAGCUAUGGGGAUCACCACUGUUCGGUAUUCGCCAGAAGUUCAUAUCGCCCGAGACGGCCGAAGGCACCAUCUUUCUGCUCGGUCAGCUAGACUUUGAAAAGCAAGCAAUGUACCAUCUGACGGUACUGGCAAACGACGCGUACGCAGAGCCGGGGCAGGAUACGCGCAACAUUGCCGGGCUGGAGGUGGUCAUCAUCGUGGAGGACGUGCAGGACGUGCCGCCCGUGUUUACGGUGGCCCCACCGGUAACACGUCUUCCGGCCGGGCUCAUACCCGGCGACAAGGUACUCCAGGUGCAUGCCGAGGACGGUGACAAAGGGGUGCCGCGCGAGAUCCGGUACGGGCUAGUGUCGGAGGGCAACCCGUUUACGUCCUUUUUCGACAUCAACGAAACGAGUGGUGAGAUAUCGCUGCUCCGACCGCUGGACGACAUACUGGCACUGACGCACGCAGGCGAUCCCGUCCUGCUGACGGUGAUCGCGGAGGAGGUAAAGGUGAGCCGCGAUGAGCCGCCCGCCAUGGCGACGACGGUGCAGCUUGCCUUCUUCCUGCCGGAGCGCAGCAACUCGCCGCCCUACUUCGAGAACGACCACUACGUCGCCCGGCUAGACGAGAACGCAGCCCCCGGCACGGUGCUGACCUUCACCGACCCGUACACACCGCGCGUGAUGGACGAUGAUGCCGGCAAGAACGGCGUGUUCUCGCUGACCCUGCUCGGCAACAACGGUACGUUCGAGAUCUCGCCGAACGUGGCCGAGGGCCACGCGAACUUUGUCGUGCGCGUGCGGGACAGCGCCCGGCUCGACUACGAGGCGGCCACCUACGUCCACUUUCAGAUCCUCGCGCAGGAGCUCGGGCCCGCCACCAACCUGUCGAUGCUGGUGAACGUCACCGUGUACCUGGCGGACGUCAACGACAACCCGCCCGUGUUCGAGCAGGCCGACUACAUCGUCGACCUGCCCGAGAACAUGACGGCGGGGACGCGCGUCGUCCAGGUGCACGCUACCGACGUCGACACGGCGCGGCUCGGGGGCCGCGUCCGCUACACGCAGAUCCUAGGCCCGCACAACACCUCGCUCAACCUGGACCCGGCGUCCGGCGUGGUGACGGUGGCGCUCAACAACCACGGCUUCGACCGGGAGGCGAUGCCCGAGUACCACCUGUACGUGGAGGCGCGGGACGACGACGGCAUCGGCAACCGGGCGCAGGUGCCGCUCGUGAUCCGGCUGAUCGACGUGAACGACGAGACGCCCGCGUUCGAGAAGCCGCUGUACGAGUUCAUCCUCGCGGCGGACCUGCGCAACUUCACCGUGCCCGCGUUCAUCCGGGCGACGGACGGGGACGCGGAGGCACCGAACAACGAGGUGCGGUACGAGCUGAUCUACGGCAACUACGAGAACAAGUUCUUCCUGCACCCGAUCACGGGCGAGCUGAAGCUGAACGGGCCGCUCGUGCCGCGAACAGGCGGCGGAGGAGGUGGAGGCCAAUCGGUCGGUGGGCUGCGCCGGCGCCGGCAGACAGGGGGCAGUGUGGCGUCCGGUGGUCCGCCCGCCACCGGGCAGAAGGAGUCGGACGUGUUCGUGCUGACGGCGCGCGCCUUCGAUCUGGGCGUGCCGGUGCGCUACUCGACCGCCACGAUUCGCGUGUAUCCGCCGGAAAGCCGGACGCGCACGGUCACGUUCAUUGUGCCCGGGUCGGACCCGGACCGGAAGAAGGUGCAGGACACGCUGGCGGACAUCACGGGCGGGCGGGUCAUCAUUCAGGAGGUGCGCCCGUACCGUACCGGCGACGGGGGCAUCCCGACCGACCUGAUCGGCGGCGGCGGCGGCGGUGGUAGUGGUGGCGGCGCCGAACGGUCCGUUGUGAUCGCGACGAUACUGUACGACGCGGACUCGGUGGUGGACAUCGCGAAGAUCCAGCAGCGCCUCUCGAUCAACGGCACGGUCACCAACAUCAUCAGCCAGGAGGAGCGCAGUGCUGUAAGUGUGGUGGGCGGUGGUGGUGGCGAUGUCACGACCACACCAGACUCAUCCUUCUACUCUUAUUCCACCCAGAUUCUCUACAAGGCCGAAAACCGUGUCCUGUUCUGGCUGCUCAUCUUUCUCGCGAUCCUGCUAGCGCUCGGCAUCCUCACGCUGCUGCUCUGCUGCAUCUGUCCCCGGUGUCCGCUGAACGCUACCAACCGCAAACGCAUACUGCGCGUGAAUAAUAUCGAAGAUGAUCUUGUUCAUAGAAAGCAGGGACUUGGAAAGCAAUCCAAAUCUGUGCAGGUCGCCGAGUGGAUGGGACGGCGAGAAGCCUGGUCAGCAGCGAAUCGAUCGACCGAUUCCCGUACCAAGCCGACGCAUUGGGAGUACCGAGGGCGGCGCGACAUUGGCAAAGGCACACUAGCGGCGGCCGGGGACGACGGGGGGGACGACCGGGACGGUGAGCCGGACCAGCGCGGGGACGAGAGCGGCACCGACGGCAAUGAGCGGAAGCGGGCGAACGAUGGCGGGAAGCUAGAGAAGCAUACGGUUAAAAUUAGGAGCGACAUGAAGAGCAAAUCGACCAAGGACGACACGCACAUGCACCGGUCGCGCACGAACCUGCUGAACGCGGACCGGGACAUGUACGUGGAGGACGUGGACGAGCACGAUCCGGAGUACCAGUCGCUGAAGCGCAUCCACCACCACCACCAUCACCAUCAUGCUGGUGGCGGCGGCGGUGGUGGUGGGGGCGGCGGCGGCGGCGGCGGCGGCGGCAAACCGACCACGGACGAUGCGCUGCCGAUCGAUGACGACUCGAUGCGCCGGCACGAGAUGGAUCGGGGCAGCGAUCUGAACUACGAGCGGCGCGGCAGCUUCAAACGGCAGGGACACGCGGCGGCUCCACAGCUGGUCGCGGACGACAUUGAGCCGCGCGAUCAGUACUUCAUCAAGGACGGCAACGCGGAGAUACUGCGGCUGAUAACGCGCGGCCGCAACGAGGAGGAGAACAUCUACGUCAACAUACCGCAGCAGCAGCAGGCGCAGCAGCAGCAGCAGCGCGCUGGCGUGGCCGCCCAGCCCAACCAGCCGCAGUACAUCAUGGUGGACAACGGCGGCAAGGAGAUACUGAUGCGCCGGUACAUCGAGGAGCAGGCGAACGGGAAGCAGAUCAUCCGCGAGCACUACCAGCUGCUGCCGGGCACGACCUUCAUCCAGACCAUCCCGAACGAGGUGCCGGUGCGGCGGGGCGAACACGUGACCGAGGUGAAGAUCGGUGCGGGCGCGGGCCGCAGCAAGGACCCGGCGGCGGACGGGGACGGCGACCCGGGCCGGCUGAAGCCGACCGUCUCGACCCACUCGCUGAUGCACCAGGAGCUGGAGCACUCGCUCAAGCAGCAGAACGCGCUGCUCCGCCAGAUACUGCUCGAGAAGGAGAAGCUCGAGGAGCGGUACAACCAGUACGAGCAGGCGCUCGAGACCCAGAGCCUGCCGUGCCAGUCGAUGGCGGUGGUGGUGGCCGCCACCCAGACCGACUGCGACACCGGCACGCAGACGGAGCCGAUGCGCGGCGGCGGCGGCGGCGGCGGCGGCGCUGGGGGCUUCGGGGCCUCGGGCGGGUUCGGCCGGCGGCGCACCAAGAGCGAGAACGACGACUCGCUGUCGGAGGACGAGUACGAGUACGUGCGGUACAGCCCGCCGGACAGCCCGGACGGUGUGUACCUGAUCAAGCGCCGGCGGCACCGCAAAAAGACGCUGAAGCACCGCACCGGCGGCAAGGGCGGGCUGGGCGGCGGCAGCGGCGAGUACAGCGGUGGCGAGUCGACCGGCGAGCGCAAGUCGAACCGGCGCAUCAUCGUGGUCGAGUCGGUGAAGCGCAAAAUCCGCACCCCGAUCCAGGAGGAGGAGGACGAGCUGCACCACGGGCGCGAGCUGCGCCGGGAGGGACCGGGCGGCGGUGGGCACCGGCGGGGUGGGCAGGAAACGCGCACCAGCAUACUGCGCCGCAAGCGCAACGAGGAGCUGUCGCGCAACGGCAAGGAGCCCGGGAAGGAGCAGCGGCUCAAGCGGGACGUGCUGAUGGAAAUCUCCGACUCGCUGCACGGGCCGGAGCAGCGGGGCCGGCGGGGCGGGGGUAACGGGGGCAAUGGUGCGCCCGGGGCGGACGGGCGGCGCAAGAAGGUGUACCGCAAGAACGUCAAGUACUACGAGGACUCGGACGGCUCGGAGAAGGAGGUGGUGGUGCAGAAGAACUACUUCUCCGCGGACAGCCUGGACGAGAUGGCGUCCGACGUGGAGGACUACCGGUACUCGGUGACGAAGACGUCCAAGUCGGUGACGGUGUCGCCGAAGGCGUCGGUCGAGCAGCGGGUUUCGCGGCGCGACGACAAGACCGAAACGACCACGACCCGCAUCCGGCUGACGACGUCCGAGUCGCCGAGCCGCCGGCAGGCGGCUGGGACGGGCGGUUCGGGGGCAAUGGCGGGCUCGCAGGGCCCGAAGGGGCCCGCCCCCAAGCCGCCCCGCCUGAGCAAAUCGGUGUCGAAGGAGGAGGACCUCAACGAACCGGGGGGCGGCGGCGGCGGUGGCGGCGGUGGCGGCGAGGGACAGCAGCACGGGGUCAACCCGAAGUACAUGGACUGGUACUACAACCUCAGCAAGGAGGGCGACUCGCUCGAGAAGCGGGACGGGCGCAAGAGGGACCGGGAGCCGGCCGGCGGGACGACGCUGCUCACCACCACGACCACCAGCUCGACCACCACCAUCACGACCGGCGGCAGCCGCCGGAAGGGCGAGGGGGAGCCAGCCGCGGCCGCACCGGCCCCACCGGCCAAGGGCAAGCCGGAGCCGGCGCCCCGCACCAGCCCACCGAAGGAGGCCCGCCUGCUCAAGGAAGACAUACAGCACGCGCGCAAGGUCGCCCAGUCCCAGCAGCAGCAGCAGCAGCAGCAGCAGCAGCAGCAGCAGCAGCAGGAGGCGGGCGGCAGCCACCCGCUGCUCCAGCACUCCGAGCACCGGUUCGAGGCGGAGUACGGGACCGGGCCGCCGGUCGUGCCGGCCCCGCCGGACAAGCUGCCCCACUACCUCUACCCCGAGACGCCACCGAUCGUGAGCCGCGACAACAAGGUGCAGAUCAAGAUCGUCGACCAGUCGGCGGCGGCGACGGCGGCCCCCGGGGCGAAGUCGAACGGUGCCGGCGGCGGCGGCGGCGGCGGCACCAGCACCAAGAACGCGAAAACGCUCAACGUGUCCACGCUGGAGGACGAUCACGAUUCGGGCAUCGCGAUGAACUCGCUGCUCCACACCAAGGGCAAGCGGAACAAGAUCGCGGACAAGAAGAGCAUCUUCACCAUCGCGUACGACGACGUGCGCAUCCGGCAGAUCCGGUCCGAGAGCGACACGCCCCCGUUCUCCUAACGGCGGGCGGGCAGCCUCCGGCGGCAGCGCCCGAAACCGUCCAGUGACUAGGCGCGCCGCAGUACAAAACACAACACCGGACGCAGCAGCAGCGGAUCUAAGGCCCCUGUCACUACAGCGCUAUGGUGUUCUAACAGUCCUCGGAGCCGCCUUAGUCUGCGUACCGUUAAAGCCGCCAUUUGCAGACGCGGCACACCAGUUUCCAACUGCCAUAUUCUAGCAGUGUGUUCCGGGCGGCAAUGCGCACCAUAAUCGAGCAGCAGUAGUAGUAUUUGUAGUGGUAGUAGUAGCAGUAGUAGUAGUCGUCGUCGUAGCAGCAGUAGUGGUAGCAAUCGUUCGUUUGAAGAUCGCACUGAUGCUCUUGUGCCGGAUCGUUGUGAUCGCGCGCGCCGCAAUUUGUUAGGUUAGGUUUUUUAGUGAUUCCCCCCCCACACACACACACACACACAUUCACACAUACAACCGUGCAUCGCUCUUUCGGGUCAUCCCGGAACGUCGCCCGUCAUUCGUGCGAUUAGAAAGGUUAAGGUUUGUUAGGUUUACGAACUCCAUUGGAGUCUGUUAGGUAGCACCUUGGUAGUAGUGCCUUUGUGUAUAGUAGCUCAGUCAACCUUCCAGAUUACGUUAAACGGACGGGAAGUAGUGGCAGCCGCAGCACGUGUGUUUCAUGUGAUCCCCUACUUCGCCGUACCGUGUAGCCUAAGUUAAUUCGUGCUUUGAUGCGUUCCUUAUAUGCGUAUAUUGUAAAAAGAUACAGAGAGAGAGAGGGAUGGAGAAGGGAGAGAGAGAUAGAUAGAGAUAGAGAGAGAGAAUGUAGGAAGAGUUUAAAGUUGUACAUUUUUUUUGGUUAGUGUAUUAGUAGUUUCGCCUUUCGCACUAUUCUUUACUUGUUCCUCGCCACCUUUCGCCUACUGUCACCACGCAAAAAUGUGUUGAAAGACUUAUGCCGGAUUCAUGAACAGAACAGGCUUUCCGUCCACCUGUUUCAGUCGCUGAUGCGCAACCCAUUUUUCUGUUCUGUUCCACAGCGAAAUGUAAAUAGCCAGAAUGCACGAAACGACGGCGAUUGGCGUGUGCAUGCGAGAGUGCGUGUGUGUGUCUGUGUGGGUGAGUGAGUAUUGGGAGUAGCUGGAGCAGAUCAACGCCAUCAUGUAGACACUGUCGAUAGAAGAGGAAGGAGAUAACUAAAUGGAUAAUAGCGAUAUGUUAGGGAUUACGGUUUUUGAUCAUGUUUAGUGAACUGGUUCCAAUGUCCGAUGGAGGUUGCCACCGUGCAGCUGGAAGAAGGCGAUUAACGUGACCAUCACGAAUGUGGUACUCCGUACUGCAUCGAAGUGGGCUCAGCGUGCAAGGCUGCAUGGGAAGGAUUACAGCAAAACAGCCACUGACACGGCAUUUUCAAGAAAUGGGGUUCUUCCAGCUCGGCAGGUAAAUGGCAAAGUAGUAGUGCUGUCAUUAGUAGGCCCUAGGCACGGAAACGGUUUAGCGAUCAUCUUGUUAGCAAGGAACUGUAGACACUUAGCAAUUAGAUAACUACUACUUCCUCCACACAAUGUAGAGAUAAAGGCAAGCAGAAUUUGAUAGCGAGAAAGAGAUAGAGAGUGAGAGAGAGAGAGAGAAAGAGAGAGAGAGAGAGAGAGAGGAGAGAGAAAAAUACGAUACCUUACGUAGGUACGCAGAAAGGAAAGGUACAAGAAUAGGUGAGCUAGUUUUAUGCGAUGAUUCUGUAAGGCGGACAGAUUUCUGGCAGGGGAUUGAAUGCGACAAAUAUCAAAUAAAGAAAAAUGUCUAUUUUUUACACAAA